AUGCAAAAGAAAGAAGAAGAAAAGAAUCAAGGGAAUAAAACAUUUUUUCUUGGUUCUCUUCAUAUCCUACUCUUAUCUCUAUAUGAAUUACAACCAUCAAUACUAUCGGUACUGGUGUUGGUACUGGUACUGGUAUUGGUACUGGCAUUGAUACUGGCAUUUGGUACUGGCAUUGAUACUGGCAUUGAUACUGGCAUUGAUACUGGCAUUGAUACUGGCAUUGAUACUGGCAUUGAUACUGGCAUUGAUACUGGCAUUGAUACUGGCAUUGAUACUGGCAUUGAUACUGGCAUUGAUACUGGCAUUGAUACUGGCAUUGAUACUGGCAUUGAUACUGGCAUUGAUACUGGCAUUGAUACUGGCAUUGAUACUGGCAUUGGUACUGACUGGUAUUGGUACUAG